GAAUAUAAAGAGAAAGAAAAACCAGAAGCGGAUAAUCUCUUAAAUCCACUCCUCUCAUAUUUCAUACUUCUUCUUUCUCCCUCUUCGCAAAAGCUAACUAAAAAAUCAAAUUUUCUUCUGAAAUUCGAUUCCAUCGCAAAACAUUUGAUUUUUCAAUUCAGUCAAUGGCGGCCGUCACUUCAAUGUCUUUCACCACCGCAGUUCAAUCGCCGGAUUUGAACUCCUCAGCUCGGAGUUAUUCGAAUUUGGAUGCUUUCAAGCUCCGCAAUACGGUGUCGUAUGAUGCGUGUAGCUUUCGCUCCUACAGCUCCUCUCGCAUGGUCGUUCAUUGCAUGUGCACUGCCGUAGAUGUGCCUACUGUUUCUCAAACAAAAUUGAAUUUCUUGAAGGCAUAUAAGAGGCCAAUCCCAAGUAUAUACAACACAGUGUUACAAGAGCUUAUUGUGCAGCAGCAUCUGGUGAAGUACAAGAAGUCAUUCCGGUAUGAUCCUGUUUUUGCUCUGGGUUUUGUUACCGUGUAUGAUCGACUUAUGGAGGGUUACCCGAGUGAUGAGGAUCGAGAAGCCAUUUUCGAGGCUUAUGUCAGGGCUCUAAAUGAUGAUCCUGCUCAAUUCAGGGCUGAUGCACAGAAAGUAGAAGAAUGGGCCAAAACUCAAUCACCUAGUUCUUUAGUAGAAUUUGCAUCUCGAGAUGGAGAGAUCGAAGGCAUUUUAAAGGACAUUGCAGAAAGAGCAGCAACCAAGGGGAGUUUCAGCUACAGUCGUUUCUUUGCAGUUGGUCUUUUCCGUCUGCUUGAGUUAUCAAAUGCCACUGAACCCACCAUUUUAGAUAAGCUUUGUGCUGCACUGAAUGUAAACAAGAAAAGCGUUGAUCGCGACUUAGAUGUCUACCGUAAUCUGCUUUCUAAGCUGGUUCAAGCGAAAGAAUUGUUAAAGGAAUACAUUGACAGAGAGAAAAAGAAGUCCGAAGAAAGGGCUGCUGCAUCGUCCCAGAAAGCAAAUGAGGCCGUCACAAAAUAAUCGAAAUAAUCUGAGUACAUACCACACAUCAGAGUCAAUUAUUAUGAGAAAAGGCACUGAUCUUCAAAGUUCAUGCAGGUGUUGUAAGUGGCAACUGUUACUAAUUCUAUGAAUCGAGGGGCAGCUUGAUGCUUUAGUUAGAUAUGUAAUUUUACGAUCUCGCUUUGUAUAAACACAAGAAUUUUGUACUGAGGCAUGAACAUUCCAAGUUGAUAGUGGUAUUCAGAUUCUCUACAUUGUGAAAAAAGUCAUGUUGUUUCUCUAACCAGCAAAACUACAUUUGUUCUUUUCUUGAGUUUUUCAGGCAGUAUCUGUUACAGGUUGUAUGAGGCUGAGCUCAUCUAUCGAGUCAUCUAUCGAUAUUGGAACAAAACGAUGCUGCAGAGUUAACUGACACGAGAUAUGUCGACAUCAUCUGGAAUCCUGAAGGUGUCUGCAGCCCCGAAUUUCCUCCACUCGUCCCCACUGGCCUCCUCCUCCUUGUCGCUGUCCUUGUCGUCAUCGUGUGCCAUCGGAGACGAAGGAAGGGAUGAAGGAUCAAGAACACUUUUGGAUUUACAUUCGUUUGUGGCAAGCAUCUUGACUUGGCCAUGAUGAGAGAUCUCCACUACAACCAUGCCAUCAUCGUCGUUUUCAAAGGGAAGCGGCUGUCUCCAUGGCUCCCCAUCAAUCCUCAUGUAAGUGUCUUCUGCUUCUCCUCUUCGGAAUUCAAAUCUUACACGGUUUGCCUGCAUGAGAUAGCUAGAGUUAGGCUCCUCAUGAGUUAGAAUCUCAUCAACCCCUUCUAAGUCUCGUUGCAUAGGACAGGCACGUCUAGUGUAGUUUGCAAACUACUGUACAUGAACGAAAAAAAAAAAAAGAAGAUAAGGUGACCUGUGCAAGGCGCGUCCCAUGUCCGUUCGGAGCGAGUAAGACUAGGCCAUGCCAAGCAUCUUUGAACCCUACUAUCUCAAGUAACCCGUCGUCCACGUAAGGCGGGGUGAACUCCCUCUGUCCAUCAGUUUGAGGAUGAUGAAGCUCGUUUUUUCUACUAAAGAAAUGACGAGUAAAGUACAUAACUACUCACAUCACGCCGCCUUCUUGGAUUCGGAAUUCCCCAUGGAUUCAGCCCCCCGGAGAAGCUUGGCAGAUUGAGGCAUACAAUAGACCGAAUGCUGCACAGUAACACCUCGCAAAUCAAAGCAAAAACGACGACGUGCAAGGACAAGAUGAAGAAGACAAGGAGUGUGACUAGUAAUACCUGGUAGGAAUAGGGAUGUCUUGCCAGUCUCCGUGCUUCCUCAUGAUCUUAGCUCUACAUAUCUGACCAAUAUUUCUGCACGAGAGCUGCUAGGUUUAGCGAACUGGGACCUAGUAUGCGCUUCGAAGUAGGAUGGAGUGAAACACGAGAUGAAACGAACCUUGAAGACGGAUGAAUGAGAGGGGCACAAAACCACCCUUGCGUGCAUCCGAGCUUCGCAUAUGUGCUCUGUGAUGCAAGAAAGCAACCCCUCUUAUUCGUUUUGGACAAAAAAUCAGUGUUUGGCUGAACUUAUAAGCUUCUUAAAACAACUUAUAAGUUGUAUAGAAGCUUAUAAGAUUUUAGACAAUUUAUAAGCUAUGAAAAUAUGCUUCAACAAUCAA